AUGGGAAACACCCUCGGCUUCGGCGUCCUCGGCUUUGUCCUCGGCUUCGCCGUCGGCGGCUGCCUGAUGCAGGGUCCUGCUAUCGUGUGUGUGCUUGUUCGGACACUGCCGGCUGCAGCGGCUGAAACGGAAGAGGAUCCUCAUGAACCAAUCCGCUCGAGCCGCCCGUUGCCUCCUCCAGCCGCGAAGGCCGCCGCCGCACCCCGUGGGGGUGGCUCCUUCCGGGAACUCACCUCCCCCGCGGACUUUGCCGCCGUCGCGGCUCCCGGCGGCCGCAUCUCCGUCGUCGGAUUCAGCUCCCUCCUCUCCGAGCGGCAAGGUGCUGCUGGUUCAAACACUGGACACCAGGAGACGAGCAAUGGGGUGCCUGCCAACAGAGUGGUGGCUUCUCAAUAUCAAUACAAGACCGAGGACAUUGACGAGUCGUCUGCAGAGAGUCUGCGCGACUCAUUGAGCUACGCCAUAGCCAACAAGAUGCUGAUCCAGGUCCCAAUAUUAGGAACAACGAAGAAAUUCUGGCGAUUAUCUGACAAAGCGACUAGGAUCAGCAGAAAACUUGCAUUGAUACUGAGGAGCCAGCACUCAGUUGGCAAGUACCUCACAGCUCCUCUGCAGGUGUCCCACGUCUGGAUUGGGGACAAUGGGAGUGUCAAGCUCAGGGGGGUCAGUUUCACUGGUAAAGGCUUCAGUAUUGAGCGUGUGAGAGAUGACUACAAGCACCUUCUCAAGGUCCUGAUUAUGUUGAUUAAAUUAUCGGCUGGGGAUAUCACCAAAUUGCCUCCGGACUACGUGGAAUUCCUCAUGCUCUUGAAGAGGGACACCCUUGCAAUGAAAGAUGAAUUCUUGAUUGUAAACAAUGUUGCGCUGCUGCCCAUGAAAAACCGCACUGAGGUAUUCCUGAUGCUACACAAUAAAAUUGUUAAAUCUCUUGGCCGUACAAACACAGCAAAGAAGAAGAGGAUACUCUCUAGCCUCCCUUACCAGAACGACUGGUUGGAUACUGCCAAGGCAAAUACAAAAAUCGAACAGUGGGUUGAUGGUGUCCAAAACGAGUACAAAAGGACUCCACUUGAUCUACUGCGCCUCAACAGAAAUGUAAGGAGCCACUUGCAUCAGUACAAUAACGACGACGACAUUGAGGAAACUCUGUAUUGUGAAUGGCCCGAGCUGCUCAUGGUGAUGGAGAAGAUGUUACAUUUGGAAGGUGAGCUCGAAGGCACUGACAUUCAGAACAAGUUCGGCUAG